AUGAGGGAUCGAACGCUCGAGCUCCGAGAGAAUGAUGACAGCUCUGACAAUGAAGGAGCAGAGCAUGUGGCGCUGGUUGUGCGGCCUGGAUCAGCAAAAUUCAAAGACUGCCCAGAUCCUACUGACGACUUCCUCCAAAUGACUCGUGGUAUCCGUGAGGCUCUGAAGACUCUGGAAAGCAAAGUGUUAGAUCUAGAGAAACACCAGAUCACAAUUUUGGCCACACCACUUCCUGAGGAAAGCAUGAAGCAAAACCUACAGAAAUUACGUGAGGAGAUCAAGGACUUGGCGAAGGACAUUCGGGCCCGUCUGAAGAAGAUCGAACCCAAGAAGGAUGAAGAAGAUGAGAAUCGGAACUCCAUCAAGACCCGCAUGAAAAGGACCCAGCACGGGAUCCUGUCUCAGCAGUUCUUGGACCUGAUCAAUAAGUGCAACUCGAUACAGUCAGAGUACCGAGACAGGAACCUGGAACGGAUAAGGCGACAGCUGCAAAUCACUGGCAGUGGGGUGGUGACAGAUGAAGAGCUGGACCAGAUGCUGGAGAGUGGGCAAACAGAGGUGUUUGUCUCCAACAUCAUGAAGGACACGCAAGUGACGAAGCAGGCGCUGAACGAAAUAGAGACCCGGCACAGUGAGAUUCUCAAGCUGGAGCGAAGCAUCCAGGAGCUGCACGAAAUGUUCAUGUACCUGGCCACGGAAGUGGAGCUGCAGGGAGAGACGAUUAACAGGAUAGAGAAGGCCAUUCUGGACUCAGAGGACUACGUCAAGAAAGGGCAGAUCCACCUCCAUACAGCUCAGGAGAACCAGAAGAAAGCCCGCAAGAAGAAGGUCAUGAUCAUCAUCUGCCUGAGUGUCACAGCAGUCGUCAUCAUCGGCAUCAUCUGCAUCGCAGUUGUGGUUGGCUAG